CGCCUUGAAAAACCCACUGUGUCAAAACAAAAGUCGGCGUUCUUUUUCUUUUUUUCUACAAAAAAAAUUUAAUUUUAUUUUAUUUUAAAUAUAUUAACCAAAGUCUGACUAAACAUUUAAUGUUUUUAAAACCUAAACCAACAUGUCCACAACUGAAUUAAUUCAAUCGGCUGUUCCAUUGCCCGCACAAACCGAAGAUGGCGUGUCUAAUUGCAAAGUUGUUGGCCUCAAAAGAGAAAGACGCACCGACGAAUCGGCCGAACAAGAUCGAGGAACAUUUUUUCGCGCUCUACAAAGUUUUCAUGAAUCUCGAAACACUCCAAUCACUCGUCUUCCCAAAAUAAAUGGCCGUGAAGUUGACCUAUAUGAUUUGUACAAUGAGGUCACUAACCGCGGCGGCUGGCUGAAGGUCAACAUUCGCAAUGAAUGGGACGAAAUGGUACAAUGUCUUGGAUUCCAACAGAAUUGUGUUAAUGCAUCUGUGGCGAUUAAAUCGAUUUACACACGUUAUUUGGAUAAAUAUGAGAAAUUGCAUUUCCUCGGUGAGGAUCCCGACAAAAUAGAUGAUUUGGACGAUGAUGGAAGACCGAAAAAAUGGUCAUCCAAAACGUAUAAUUAUUCUAUUCCCAUGACUUAUAACUACAAACAACACGAUUUGAAUGAAGAACAAAGAAAUGCAAAUCGAAUGUCGGAGGAUUUGUACAAAGAAUCGGAAUAUGAUAAAUUGUUGCUUUCUUUGAUAUCUCCACUUCCGAAUGAACAGGAUUUUGCAAUCAAUGUGUGCACGCUAAUGUCCAAUGAGAGCAAACACACAUUGAAGUUGGAUCAUUGUCCGAAAUUGCUUGACGCUUUGCUGGCACAUGCUGGAGUAUUUUGUCAUUAUACCAUGCGUGAACUUUUCCAAGAGCUAUACACUAAUGUAAGAAAGCAUUCGCUGCAAACAUUCUGGAAGGAUCUACUCUACGAUAAGCCACAAAUUCUAGAACUCUCUUUCGACGAUUAUACAAGUGAAAAAGACAUGGAAGAUUGUGAAUCAGAUAGUCCAACAAAUGUUAAAACCUUUCAAGAUGGUUUAAAUGCCGAUACAGAAGAUGUAUACAUGCGUUCUCUGGAUUUUCUUUCCUUAGGCCCUGGACUUGGCACUCAGGAAUACAUUGGUCAGCGUGUUCAUCAAGUUUCAUCGAUCAUAAGAAAUCUAAGUUUUUACGAAGAAAACACAAAUGUGUUGGCAAAAAAUCGAACAUUUGUAAGAUUUCUAGUUAUGGGUGCUAACAUUCGUUGGGGAAAUCUUCAUCAUAUGGUAUUGGAUAUGUUUGGAAAUAUCGCUUUGGAAUUAGAUUUAUUAGAUCCAACAAAUGAUGAGCUGACACGUUGUUUGAUGUCGACAAUUUGUGAGGGAAUUGAAUCUUCAGAUCGUGGAGUUAUCAUAAGUUGUUUGGAAGUGUUGUAUAAAAUUUGCCAACAAGAUAGCAAUGAAGAUCACAUUCACAAGUGUCUCGAUCAAAAGUUUUAUGAUACUUUGUGUUUAUAUUUAUCAUUGAAUGAUAUAAUGUUGUUGCUGUACACUUUGGAAGCGAUUUAUGCACUCAGUUCGUUGGGACAUAAGUCAUGCAAUUCACUGGUCCAGGUUAAAGGUGUCAUUAAUUCCCUAAUGUCACUGAUUACAGUUGAGGCACAAUCUUAUGGGCCCGAUGGAUGUAUUCUAAUGCGAGUUGUCGAAACAGUUCCAGGCAAUAUGCUGCCCAUGGUUGCCCAAAAUAUAGCUAACAUUGCAAAUUUACAAAACGUUAUCCAAACAACUCAGCCACAACCACAACAACCUGAAACAACUUCACUUGGUCGAGCUUCCCCAGCACCAGUUCGGCCACUUCAGGAAGCUACCCCAACACAGAGAACAAACUCUCCCAUUCCUACAACUCAAGAUCAUGAAAACUUUGCAUUGUCUUGGCUAAGUGCUACCUUCGAACCAACACCCUCACCUGAUAGCCGAGUUGAACAACAAGAACUCUAUCGCAUGUAUUUGUCGGCUAUUCAAAAAUGUGGUCGACGUGGAAUCGUAUCACACACUCAAUUCCCCCGAAUGGUUCGUACUAUUUUUGGAGGUCAAGUUGUUCCAAAUUAUAAUAAAAAAGUUGAGAAUCCCGAAGGCACCAAAGUCUAUUAUGUUUGUAUUCGACUUCGUGCAAAUCCAUUGCCGAUUCAAAUGAAAGUCUCAUCAUCACCAAAAGGUUUUAAAGAUGGAAAACAAAAGCUUGAACCGGGUUCAAUUAAGAAGACAAAGAAAAAAGUUCGAUUACAAGAACAAUUGAGACAAGAACAAUUGCAAAAACAGGUUAUUUCACCUUCACCAAUGAGUCCUGUCAAUGUUCAAAAGCCAACACAAAUUAUAAGCACACCAGUAAAUCAACAAAAUAUCGUUAAAGUUGAAUCGAAUGUGCAGAUUCAACCGCCCCAGCAGCCUCAACCCACUCAGCAGUAUCAAAUUAUUGCACAACCUCCUCCAAAAGUUGAACAACAAGUAGUUAGUACUCCAAUAAAAUUGCCACCAUUAACACAAACAUCAAAAAUAUCAAACCCCAACCAACCUCAAAUCAUAGGAAAUGUUCUUCUAACUCCUCAAACAACUCUAGUUCAACAAACUGCCAAACCAAUUCAAAUUACAACUAUUGCUGAGCAACCCCAAGUCGCUAUUCAACAUCAUAUUGCACCUCAGACUCAGGGUCAAUCGCAGCUACAAAUUCAAACAACUCAAUCACAACAACAAAUACAAAUUCCAAUAUCUUCAUCAGCAUCAUCAACAACAACUGCAUCAUCGAAUGGUGGUAAUGGUGGUACACAAGCACAACCAUCUUCGUCGUUAGUUAAAAGCCUAUUGGCAAAUAAGGUAACAUCUUCCCCCACAGCUACAGCUAUUACUACUACCAAUACUACUUCUGCUACUACCAAUGCCAAUAUCCCUGCUGCUGUUGUAAUCGAUACAAAUAAUGCGAGUGCAGCUCUAAGUACUCCUCAAAGUUGUUUGAUUACCCAAAGUGUUAAUUUGCAUCAGGUUGCUCAACGUCAACAAAAACAAAAGGAACUUGCUGCCCAACAACAGCAACAACAACAAAGUUCCCCAAUGAAAAUGGCCAGCACAUCACUCAGUGCUGUUGUUAACAAUCCAAUGAUGCACACAACACCAAUCAAAGUUGGUCAAACUACCAUUAAACCUUUGAAUAACAAUGGAAAUGAUAAGAAGACAACUAUCAUUAGUAGUGAGAAUUCGGACAAUUCCAAUUGGGAUCCAAUUCCACCGUUGGCUCCUCUUAGUUCUGGCACAUUGAUCCGUUCAAAUGUUAUCAUACAACAGCAGCAAAUUCUGUCGGCAAAUGAUGAUUCAAGUUCAGCUUCUAUGGCUUCCAGUGUUAUAAGUUCAUCUCAGAUUGAAGGUGACGGUUCAUUUGCUAGCUUUGAAGGUCUACUGAUGUCCAAGUCGAAUAAAAUUGUUAGUACCUUUGGUAUUGAUGACGACAGCUCUAAAGAUUCACUGAGUCGAGGUUCUAAAGACAGUGUGAGGAUUGUGGGUGCCAAUCAAAUGCUUGUUGAUUUGUUGGACAAAAAGGCUUUGGAUCCACCUAUUAGUGGAAAACGUAAACUCGAUGACGAUUCCGAAGAAUCGCAGGAAAAGAAAAUUCUUCUCGAAAUCGAACCAAAAGUAACUGCCUCCAAAAAUGCAGCUAAUUUAUAUGCAGAAAUGGCAGCAUCCAUUCUAGAAGAUGAAGAUUUAGAAGAAGAAACAUCAGCGCCACCACCGCAACAGCCAACUGUUAUUCAACAGACAAAGUUGGCAAUCCAACAACAACCAGAGCCACAAAAUCAGUUAAUUUCUGUGCCGGUUAAUAUGCAGCGCCAACUCAUAAUGAAUCCCAAUAAUCCUCAUCAGAUGAUUCUGUCGCAAGGUCCUCAACAAACAAACCUUCCAACAGCUACGGCUACAAUUAAAACCGACCAAGGUCUCCAAACUGUCAAUUGCAUCUUGCAAAAGAAUGCAAUGGGUCAACAGAUCCUUCAGCCAGUGAUGCCACAGCAGCAACAACCACAACAACAAACACAGUAUGUACUCGCUACCAAUCCUCAAGGGCAGACCUAUCUUGUGGCUCAGCAAACAACUCAGCCCCAACAACAGACUCAGCGUUUGUUGGUCACUCAAACGCCACAACAACAAGCUGCCGGUACAAAAACCAUCAUCAUUCUCCAGCAACAAGGUCAACCUGUUGGUCAACAGCAGAUGAUUACCACAUCUCAGCCUCAAAAGGUAAUCAUGACAACGGCACAGGGUCAGCAGAUGAUUGUUACUCAAAUGCCACGUCCAGUGCAACACCAGAUCUAUAUGAAUACUGGCGGAACCAAUGUCAUUCAAACUGGCCCAAUGCCCGUCCAGCAACAAAUGAUACAAAAACAGAUUCAAACUCAGCCUGGAAAUGCUAAUAUACUCUCUCAGCUUUCACAUAUCCCAGCUACAAUUAAAAUUCAUCAGUCUUCAGUUCCUCAGUCUUCUACAACAACAUCAGCAACCACCACAUCGUUGCCACGUCUUGGGAAAUCCGUCUCCAUUGUUCAACAACAGGGCAUUCCCCCACCACAGACGCAAGUAACUCCAGCUGUAAUGCAAGCGCAGAUUGUUCAGCAUACAGGAACUCCAGGUGGAACAGAAAAACGACAAGUUAUCAUUUCAAGUGGCAGAACAAUCGAAUAUGCCGAUUCUUCAACGCAACAGGGGCCUCAGAUGGUCCGAAUGAUACAACCGGCCCCGGCAAAACCUCAACCACAAAAAGUAUCUUCGGUACAAAUUCAGAAACCCAAUAUUCGACCAGCUUUGCAGGUUCAACAGCAAUUAGUUUCAACAACUCCAGCAGUGACACCAGUGAAAAUUCCAACUCCACCACCUGCUCCACCUGCACUUGUGCCAAUUUCAAACCCAUCAUCCAUUCCAACUCCAGCACCACCAACUACUCCCAAGUUAAAUGCACCUGCCAAAGUCAAACUUGAGAUAAAGACCGAAAUAAAAACGGAAAUUAAAACCGAGAUAAAAGUUGAACCGAAGGUGGAAAAGAUGGACGAAGAUCCACCUAUCGAUCCGAAUUGGCUUUUCGUAUGUGAUUGGCGCAAUUGUGCCAGAAAGAAGUUCAAAUCUAUUUCGGAUUUACAUCAUCAUGCUUGUUUGGUUCAUUGCCCGGAGCAUUUAGAUGUUGGUGCAGAAAUCUUUUGCCAAUGGGGCACAGGACCGGGAUUAUGUGAUGGUAUUCCACGCAAACGAUUCUCAUUGAUGACUCAUAUUCUAGAUAGACAUUUGACUUUAGAGAGUCUUAGAGGAGGAGUUCAACGGCGUCUAGCCAAUGGUGCACAUGCCACUAACACUGGGCAGCCAGUUACAAUAAUUAAAAAUUUAGCUGCAGCUGCUGCUGCACAACAACAACAAGCUGCAGAGAGUACACGGGGAACAGCGUCACCAGCUCUCUCAACAUCAUCGAAUGGUUCAAUGCCAUCGACAGGAAGCGCUGCUUUGCAUGCAAUAAAAAGGCACGCAUCCGAUUUCAUCAAUCCCAAAGAGCUUAUGAAUCCCGACUUUGAAAAUUUACUUAGCAUAGAAACUACCGCAAAUACUACUGUUGCUUCGUCUAACAUAAUUCCAAUGCAUCCUGCUUCAAAAUCUGCUUGUUCUACUACUACUUCUACUGACAUCGGUAUGGAUACUUAUUCAAUGCAAAGUAGUUCACAUUCAAUGAUGCCCGAUGGUGACGAAAAUGAGGGUCCAGUAACUAAAAGUAUUCGUUUAACGGCUGCAUUGAUCUUAAGAAAUUUAGUUACAUACACUCCAGCAGCUAAAAGAACACUUCGUCAGUAUGAACCACAUUUGGCAAGCGUUGCUCUAAGCAAUGUUGAAUCCAGUGGAACUAUUUCUCAGAUUUUAUUCGAAUUAAAUAACUGAUAUGAAGAGAAGAGCAAGGAGGAUAUUUUUAUGAAGAAAGUUGAAUAGAUUAUUUUGUAUUGCAUACAUUUGAGUGUUAUCAAUAAUUAUUACAUGCAUUGCAUAUAUAUAUGUUUAUUUUUAAAAAAAGAUAUACUUUGAAAAAUAAAUUACAUUUUGAAUUAAGUUUUUCCUUAAAGUAAA